AUGGUUGCACAUCAUACACAUGUCUAUCGAAAGGUAGUCCGGGAGAUAGCCAAAGCGACCGUCAAACCUCGGUCAGCUCGGAACAAAGACAUUGCUUCAAACUUCCGAGCCCUAUUCGCACAGAGUGGACCACCCGAAGAUGCGCAACGUUUUCAACACGAAAUGCAGAAUGCCUUGACUUUCCUGCGAUCCCAGCGGGAAUAUAAGGCUUUAUUGGAGAGAUACAACCCAUUGAUCGACCUAACGGGAGAAGAACGAAUAGAAGCGACCGCACGACGAGUCGGGCUGAACAUGCCCAAGCUGCAUGAUUCCCGGGACACGUACCUCCUCAAGUUUUCGCUGAAAAAGUCUUCGCAGAUUCAGGGCACGAUGGCGGCGGCGACACAGGUGCUUGCAUGCGAUUCUACAUCCAUCGCAUUUCCUUCAGAUGACCAGGUGGCGAUAAGCUCACCUGAAACUCUCGCAGCCUUGCGUACCGCAGCGUCCUGCCUUAAAGAUCUCCUUCCAGUCGCUUUUCCAACAGAAACCGUCUAUGGGCUGGGUGCUAUCGCUCUAAACGCGACCGCAGCCCUUAAGAUAUUCUCGACCAAAGGCCGGCCAGCUGACAACCCUCUCAUCGUACAUGUGUCCUCGCGGCGUAUGCUACAGACUUUACUUCCACAAAAUUAUGCACUCUCGCGUUCUUACGAGUUGCUCAUGGAGCACUUUUGGCCCGGACCCCUCACGCUACUUUUCCCCUGCGACCACAGUUUAAUACCCGACAUCAUUACUGCUGGCCAGUCAACUGUCGCAAUCAGAAUCCCAUCACAUCCAGUAGCACGAGCACUCAUCGCUGUCACUGAUGCACCGCUCGCAGCUCCAAGUGCCAACUCCUCUGGAAAACCUAGUCCCACCCGCGCAGAGCACGUGUUGAAUGACUUGAAUGGCAAAAUUACACUCAUUCUAGACGGUGGGCCAUGUGAAGUUGGUCUAGAAAGUACGGUGGUAGAUGGUCUACAUGAAGAUGGAAAUAUCCGCAUCCUGCGACCCGGCGGGAUCACAGUAGAAGACAUCAAACGAGUGCUCGUUAAUGGCUUCUCUGAUGUUGAUACACCAAUACCCCAGGUCCUUGUCCAUCGUCGUGAUUUUCAUGACGACGCAUUGGAACAGGCGCCCACUACACCUGGCAUGAAAUACCGCCAUUAUUCCCCCUCAGUACCAGUGACGCUGAUGCACAUAUCCGGUGCUCCCCUUGGAAUAGAACCUCUUAGCACCUCUGCUUUUUUGGAGGAUCUCAAGCGUUCGAUGCCACAUUCUUCUGACACUCUCCGCGUCGGGUUAUUGAUGCCGUCGGAUUCUAUUUUGAUGAAAUCCCUCAUCAGCGAUACGUCUAUUCAGUGGCAUGAAUUUCCUCUCGGGCUGUUUUCGGAGCCGGCGAUUAUUGCAAGGCGGCUAUUUGAUGGUCUCUUGACGUUAGAAAGGGAAGGAGUAGACUUGAUAUUAGUUGAAGAAAUUCCAGAAGAAAAGGAGGGCCUGGCAAUCAUGAACCGGGUUAAGAAAGCGGCUGGAAGCUCGCAAUGGAUCACUAUUCCCUAG